AUGGCUUUGCACCGGUCCCUGCGCCGCUCAAAUAUUUUGGAAGUCGAGAGAAAGUUUCGCGGCCUGGCAGUGUCCGAGCUGACGCAGCACGGCGGCGUCCCCUCGUUCCAGAACCUUCGACAGCUUCCCAUGCAGACGAUCCACGACACCUACUACGACCAUGACAAUAUUCUUUCUGCAGCUGGCGCCUGGGUGCGGCUUCGCAAUGGUGUCUGGCAGGCCAAGAUCAGCAAAGGCGGCGGUUUCCUAAAUUCCCGAUUCGAAGAAUUCUACGGCGCUCAAGACAUUGCAGACCGUGUCCGACACAUCACCGGUUGGGAUCUAGCAGAAACCAAGGAAUCUGAAAACUUUGGCCUGCUGCCCUUGGCAGAGUUUGAAACCCGGCGUCGGGCCUGGACGGCCAAUAGCGACUUUCAGAUCGUGCUCGAUAGCAUGGAUUUCGGCCACGAGGUCGGCGAGGUGGAACUGCAGCACACUCUCACGUUCGACAUAGAUGAGGAAAGUGAAGCGGCCCACGAGAAGCGCAAGGCACAGGUCAUGCAACAGAUGGACGAGCGAAUCGUGGAUUUCAUGAGGACAUACUCAUGGGCGUUUGCACCGGAGUUCGGAAGUCUGGACAUAUUUCAGAAUGGUGUUGUCGACGUCUGGCUCCAGAACGGCUUUUCGCAGCACAUCUCCAACAGAAACGUGUUUGAGGCCGAAAUCUCUGGCCAGAUUCUUGCACAGGGUACCCUUUCCAGCGCCAGGGGCGCCUAA